AUGAAUUGGGCGCUCGAAUUCUUUGAUCUUAUAUACCAGAAGGUUUUACGGUCUCUUUCAAAGAGCCGGGCAUACCUGACAAAGCUAUGUACAGGCCCAUCAUUGGUUGUCCUCCACGCCAAGAUCUUUGGCUUGUGGAACGAUGACUACUGCGCAUGCGGCGCAAAAGAAACAGUCAUCCACGUGUUGGUAUAA